GCAGCCCCGCCCGGCCGCGGCUCCGGCGGGCGCAGAGCGCCGCGAGCAGCCAUGAUGGAAGGCUCGGACGACGGCCCAGAUUUCCUCUCGGAGGAGGACCGAGGUCUUAGAGCAAUAAAUGUAGAUCUCCAGACUGAUGCUGCUCUGCAAGUGGAUAUCUCAGAUGCACUGAGUGAGAGGGAUAAAGUGAAAUUCACAGUCCAUACAAAGAGUUCCUUACCAAAUUUCAAACAAAAUGAAUUUUCUGUUGUCCGGCAACACGAAGAGUUUAUUUGGCUUCAUGACUCUUUUGUUGAGAACGAGGACUAUGCUGGCUAUAUUAUUCCACCAGCACCACCCAGGCCUGACUUUGAUGCCUCCAGGGAGAAACUGCAGAAACUUGGAGAAGGGGAAGGAUCAAUGACUAAAGAAGAAUUCACCAAGAUGAAACAAGAACUGGAAGCUGAAUAUUUGGCAAUAUUCAAGAAGACAGUUGCAAUGCAUGAAGUGUUUUUGUGUCGCGUGGCAGCACAUCCUAUUUUGAGAAAGGACUUAAAUUUCCAUGUAUUCUUGGAAUAUAACCAAGAUUUGAGUGUUCGUGGGAAAAAUAAGAAAGAGAAACUUGAAGACUUCUUCAAAAAUAUGGUUAAAUCAGCAGAUGGUGUCAUUGUUUCAGGAGUAAAGGAUGUGGAUGACUUCUUUGAACAUGAGAGAACAUUCCUUGUAGAGUAUCACAACCGAGUCAAAGAUGCCUCUGCCAAAUCUGAUAAAAUGACAAGAUCACAUAAAAAUGUGGCGGAUGACUAUAAUAGAAUUGGUUCUUCAUUAUAUGCAUUAGGAACACAGGACUCCACAGAUAUAUGCAAGUUUUUUCUGAAGGUGUCAGAGUUAUUUGACAAAACAAGGAAAAUAGAGGCUCGAGUAUCUGCUGAUGAAGAUCUUAAGCUUUCUGAUCUUCUGAAAUAUUACCUUAGGGAAUCUCAAGCUGCUAAGGAUCUCCUAUAUAGAAGAUCUAGGUCACUAGUGGAUUAUGAAAAUGCUAAUAAGGCAUUGGAUAAAGCAAGAGCAAAAAAUAAAGAUGUGCUGCAAGCUGAAACUACUCAGCAAAUAUGCUGUCAGAAAUUUGAGAAAAUUUCUGAAUCAGCAAAACAAGAACUGAUAGACUUUAAGACAAGAAGAGUUGCAGCAUUCAGAAAAAAUCUGGUGGAACUAGCGGAACUGGAAUUAAAGCAUGCUAAGGGUAACUUACAGCUUCUGCAGAGCUGCCUGGCAGUGUUAAAUGGUGACACAUAAGCUACGUUCCGUCCUCCCACUAACAAGGGCUGCCCUCCUCUGGAUUUUGUUUUCAUGACUUUAAAUAGGCAUUUACAAUUCCCUGGAGAAAACAUUUGACAAAGUGCACAUAAGCAAGCUUCUUCUUUCAAAAGAAUUAAACAUGUGAAAGUAGCUCCAGACUAUAUGAACAGCAUACUUGUUAUACAUACAUAUUCAUGUUUAUUUAAUCAUUAUACGCUUUCAUUGUUCAGAAACCAAAUGCUCGGGUUUUGUGAAAAUAGCCAAUAUAAUAAUGUUCAUGUUAUGAAUACUAUGAUACAGCUGCAAUCUUAUUUACCUUUGUAAGUAAUUUCUGAAGAUCACCAUUUGAAGCACAUUGUUCAGAUGGCCUAAAUAUUACCAUUAGAUAUUUGAAUAUUGUUACUAUAAUGGCAUUGUAUACACUGUCUUAGUUUUUUUUCCAUGUACUUAUAUCAAGAAACUUAUCUUUUUUUCAAUUGUGAACAUUUCUUAGAAAUUUUGGAGAACUUUGUGUAACCUUUAUAACUAUGAUUUAAAAAGAAAAGCAGAUGCAUUAGUAUGUUUGCCUUAACUUGUAGACUAAUCCAAUUAUUGUAAAAUAAACCAUGAAAUCGGUGAUUUUUCUAAAAUGACGCAGACACUGAAUCAUCUAUAAGCUUAGUAUUUUCUAGUAAAUUAGAUUAAUUUGUUUUUUUCUCUAUUCAUUGUGUAAAAACCAUUGAUUAAGUAUUGGAUUGGUCUGACACUACUCACCCAGUACUUUUCACUUGCAUUCUCAGGUUUUAUCUGUUUGUCUGUGACUUUCCUAUCCAGUGUACUUAAAUUGUUUUGAGCUUGGCGGCUGACUCUGCAAUUUCUUUGGCAGAAAUACAUUUGAGAGAACUUCCUGGGUUUCUUCUGAGAAAGGGGAAAUAAAGUAACAGAAGAGAGUUUAGAAGGUGCAUAAAAUAUCAGUGAAAAGUAAUACUGCCCCAUUGUCAUAUAGAUAAAAUGUUUUGCUUCAAGAAAAAAGGUAUCCCCUAAAGAGGAGUGUGUUAAGAGGAUCUCAUUCUGCUCAUUGGACUUAAAGAGUUAGAGCUAUGAAUCCAGUAUUGUUAGUUGUAUUGAUUGGCCUCCCUUCCUUGAACUAUGACUCUUUUGAAAAAGAGGUGCUGCUAUGUUGUGUAAUUUAAAGAUGUCAUAAAAUGAGGCUUUACUUGAUGAACUGCUCUUCACAGUGGGAUUGCUGAUUUAUAAGCAAUAUAUGCUGUUUGCAGGC